UAGGUCCUCCCUGUCAGCAAAACAGUGUCUCUGUGGACAGGAGUGUUGAAGAUUUCGAGUUCCAUUUCCAUGUCUCACUCUCACUCUCACUCUCACGUUGGCUACUUGGUUCCACUGAACCACAAUUUAGACGAAGAACCCUCGCUUCCCAAGCUACCCAUCUCAGGCGGCGCUAACCUCAUCGGACGGAACAACAUUGCCGUCUCGGACAAGAGGCUCAGCCGCAACCACCUCACUCUAACCGCUUCUCCCGGCGGCGGCGCCGCUAGUUUACUUGUCGAGGGGACCAAUCCGAUCGUCGUCAAUUCCGGGAACAAGAGAAGGAAGCUCAACUCUCUUGAAUCAGCCACCGUUUCUGAUGGCGAUGUCAUCGAGCUCAUUCCUGGUCACCAUCUUUUCAAAUACCAAGUGUUGCCUCGUCGUGGUGGUGGUGGUCGCAACAACAAUCAACCUCAUCAUGAUGAUGAGGUUGAGAGAGGAAGAAAUGCAGUAGUGGCACAAAAUGCGGGGCGUUCUCGGUUGUGUGAAGAAGAGGCGAUUCGUGAUUUUCGCGUUCCUGAGGACGAAUUGCCUUGUACCUUUCGACUUUUGCGUGUGAAAGGGUUACCAGCUUGGGCAAAUACUUGUUCUGUUUCAAUAGGUGAUGUUAUUCAGGGGGAUAUUCAAAUUGCUAUCCUUUCAAACUACAUGGUUGACAUUGACUGGUUAAUUCCUGCAUGUCCUGCACUUUCAAAAGUUCCCCAUGUGCUUGUUAUUCAUGGAGAGAGUGAUGAGAGGGUGAAUUACUUGAAGAGAAGCAAACCUGCAAACUGGACUCUGCACAAACCGCCACUGCCGAUUUCAUUUGGAACACACCAUUCAAAGGCCAUGCUUCUUGUAUAUCCUCGAGGAGUAAGAAUCAUUGUGCAUACAGCAAACUUAAUUCAUGUAGAUUGGAACAACAAAAGCCAAGGUCUGUGGAUGCAAGAUUUUCCAUGGAAAGAUCAAAAUAGUCUAAGCAAGGGAUCUGGAUUUGAAAAUGAUCUGGUUGAAUAUCUCAGCAUGUUGAAGUGGCCAGAAUUCUCGGUUAAGCUUCCAUCUCAUGGAAACUUCAGUAUAUGUCCAUCUUUUUUCAAGAAGUUUGAUUAUAGUGAUGCAAUGGUUAGAUUAAUUGCAUCUGUACCUGGAUAUCAUUCUGGUACUGGUUUGAAAAAGUGGGGACAUAUGAAGUUGCGUUCACUGCUCCAAGAUUGUACAUUUGAUGAAGAGUUUAAGAAAUCACCCCUUGUUUAUCAGUUCUCCUCCCUUGGUUCUUUAGAUGAAAAAUGGAUGACUGAGCUGGGAUCAUCAUUGUCAGCUGGUCUCUCUGAAGAUAAAACACCCCUUGGUAUGGGGGAGCCUCAAAUAAUAUGGCCUAGAGUAGAAGAUGUCAGAUGCUCAUUAGAGGGCUAUGCAGCUGGAAGUGCAAUUCCAAGUCCUUUGAAGAAUGUGGAGAAAGCAUUUUUGAGGAAGUAUUGGGCGAAAUGGAAAGCAGAGCACACUGGUCGUGACCGUGCAAUGCCCCACAUAAAAACUUUCACUCGCUACAACGGUCAGAAUCUUGCUUGGUUCUUGUUAACUUCAGCAAAUCUGAGCAAAGCUGCCUGGGGAGCUCUUCAGAAGAAUAAUACUCAGUUAAUGGUUCGGUCAUAUGAGUUGGGAGUGCUCUUUCUACCAUCAUUAUUGAAACGACGCGGAACUGGAUUUUCUUGUACUAGUAAUGUUACACUAUCCGAGGAUAAAUGUCCAGCACACGAAACUUCUGAAAUGAAGAAAACAAAACUGGUAACCUUAACUGGGUUGACAAUGGAGACUACACCUUCAUCAUCUGAAGUUAUCAUCCCAUUGCCAGUGCCCUACGAGCUCCCUCCCAAGCCUUACUCUUCCGAAGAUGUGCCUUGGUCUUGGGACAGGCGGUAUACCAAGAAAGAUGUCUAUGGUCAAGUUUGGCCUCGGAUGUAAUCAUAUCAAGAUAGAUGACAUUCUUAGUGUACAUAUUGAUUGGUCCUCUCCCCUUGUACUAAUUCAAUUUUAGAACAUGAAUUGACUUUAAGAACAUUGCACCGAUUUUUCGACCCAGAGAUUCCAAGUGCAUGUUUGUGUUUUACAUGAGACGAACGAAUUUCAUUUUUCAUUCCA